AUGGCCGGCCUAUUCACUCUUUCGGAAGAGUCGAAGGAGCGCAUUGGGAAAAUCAUUGAUAUCGGGAGAGUUGCCAUGCAUUACGGCUAUCUACCUCUGAUACUCUACCUUGGUAUGCUUUACCACCACCAACAAUUGCACUGGCACCAAUACGCUUCUGCAGCCGAGCCGAGAUCUGACUGGGAGUAA